CACCGUGUAGGAUCCGCGCCUGCUGCAGCCUUCAGCCUGGUGCUCUUCCUUCUGCUACAGCAUCACUUUUGUUCACCAUAGAGCCGAGCUGAGCCCUGUUUCCCUGGAGAGUUCGUGGUUAUUUGCACGGGCAGAUGUCUGCCGAGCCAUUUCCUCUCCUCCAGGCCGGCCAUUGUGGCUCCACUCUGAGGGAUAGCGUUGACGUUCAGACUCGUGUAGCUGGAUUUACUUCUUUGCAUGACCACAACGCCUGGAUUGCCUUGUACGUGUGGCUGCCAUGAUGCUUGGGUUACAGGGAAGUACUUCGUCCUCCAAAGUGUAUCGUUGUGUGGCAUGUUCAGCCACCUUCAACGGAUUGGCCUCCUUGCUAGUACAUCAGGCAACCCAUGCUGGUGCGCUCUCCAAGAUCCAUCCACAGCCGAACACCAGCCCACAUGAAACAUUGUUUGCAAGUAUGGACUCAUCCAGUGAACAACCCAAUCUACCAACACUCUUGCCUGAAAGCCCUUCACCUUCUUUUUAUAUUUGUGAUUGUGGAGAGGAAUUUCAGGACUUUGGCCUUAUGCUGGAACAUAAGCGUUCACAUGUCUCUCAACUACAGCUACUGCAACCUUUGGAUGAUAGUAGUAUUCUUGGUGGCACAGAGUGUGAUAAAGCUUUCACCAUCCAGCAUGUAUCAUUAAGUCCAACUGUAACCCAGCUAGGUUUGGUUAGUAGUUGUCCCUCUACCUCAAGGUCCCCAGCUGUCAAACCCACAUUAACAGACCGCAAAGCAGAUGUAAGCCUGGAGGAUGGCAUCGCCAUAGUAACCACUCCUCAAGGCCAGUGUACACCCCCUCAAGAUGACGGUGAGAAACAACUUGAGAACAUGUCAGCCACAGCAGAGCAAAAAUCAGAGACUGGGGAGAACAUGCAAGAAACAAAUUCUGUUCUCAAUAGCGAAAAUGGUCAGAGUCUGCCCAGAAAUAAUGCUCUAAUGAAGUUGGUGGCCUCGGCAUACAUGAAGCGUUUUCCCGCUCUUCCGUUUCAGAAUCAGAACAAUAACACAGUAACCCCCAAACAAGAAGUCGUCCCCGUUGACAUAACACCAGGAGCAAAAACUGAGGUGUCCCCGAUCAACGAUCUCUCUGUUGCACAGUUGAGGCGACUGCUUGCAACACCUGGUAUAAAAACAAAAGCUCCAUCCAUCAGCAGAGUUCUUGAGUCCAGUAAAAAGAAAGUUGUCUCUCUUACUAAGACUUUCUCACCUGUUGUGGUUCUUGAAACCCGUCAUAAACUCAAGGAUCCUGGCAGUAAUGGCACUUAUGGGAGAUAUCAAUGUGGCCGCUGUCGUAGGGUCUUUCAAAACUUGGACAAACUGACAGAGCAUCAUUUCUUGCACAAAAAAGAGAGGAUUAAAUGUUGCCGUCACUGCAAACAGCUGAUCAUUGGGCGGCUGCCUUUACCUGACAAUCACGUAUGCCCUCAGUUAACAAACAAGAACAUACAGCUGUCAAAGUCUUUAAAAAACAAGUCACCAUUUGCCCCAAAACUAGUGCCAUUCCAUAGUCUAAACAAUACUAGAAAAGUUUUCUUUUGUCCAUUGUGCAAGCACAGCUACGCGCGGAGGUGGAACCUCAAAAUGCACAAGUGCCAGGGCCCCGGGUCCGCUGUCCCCCAGCAGGCCAAUCCGCCCAUUCAGAAAAUGCUAGUAUUGAGAUCAGACAGUAAACCCAAUUCAGAUACAGAGAUUAAUGCUGGAUCUCACAUCUCCAAGAGUAUCGCUGUGGGCACUGAAGUUACUGGUCGAAUCAAGGUAGAGGUGACCCCUCCAAAUUCAGAGAUAUCUACAGCUUCACAGUUGGCCUGGACUCGUCCAGCAAACAGCUUCUCCCCAUUCUACCCCAAAUCUUCCAUGACGGAGCAGCACAAGGAUGGCUCCCUGUGCGAUUCGCUCCAGCAAGGGGACGAAAACAGUAGCUGGGGUGGAGCAGCAGUUGAUAAUGAGGACAGUAAUGAGGACAGUAAUGAAGGGCAGUGGACAAUGCCCUUGGAUGAUGAAAUGGAGGUACUUAGCUCUAUGGAGAAAGCUGGUAAUGGAGGAGAGGUGAAGAAGUCUUUGUCAGUCGAACAUGCAGGUACGGCGCCCCCCAGCCUGCGCUAUUUCAUCAGAGAUGGCGUAAAACGUUACCCAUGUAACAGGUGUCAGAAAACCUACAGUCGGCCAUCUACUUUGAGGCGCCAUCUACGCCUGUGCGGGUUUAGGCUACGGGGACCUGGCACUGUGGCACAGAGUAGUAGUCACGGUGCCACUCCACAAAAUGCCAGCAAUAUGAAACCAAUGUUUCCUUGCCAUGUCUGCGGGAGAACCUUUAACCGCAAAGAUAACAUGAUGGUUCACAGAAAAAGGUGUCAGUUGCACCUAACAAUGAGCGAUGUGGACAGAGGGAUUGUGCAGCCGAGUGUACCAGGCAACGCAACGGACGGUCAAACCCAGGAGGACGAUGGAGGCAACUGGGGCAUCAUGUCACUGCCCUCUGUACUCCCAAGGAGGGUGACAUGUGAGUGUGGCGUCGGAUUUACAUCCCCAAGGCUUCUGCUGGAGCAUCUGCAGAAGCAUGCACAGGAGUCAUACACAUGUCCGACUUGUGGAGAGACUGUUAAUUCCUGGGCAGACUACGAAGUUCACCUGCAGAUCCAUAUGCAUCCUCAUCACCAGCUGCUGAAGGGAAUACAGCCCCAGCGAUCGCAACCCCUAUUACUUCGAUUUCAGCAACAGAGACCUCAGCAGCAGCCCUCUCAGCCAGUGCAUCAGCCUCCACAGAAGCAAACUGUCAGAGCAGAUAAGCUUCCAAAUCCAACAAAAAAGCAGCCAAGGAUUGUAUGCACACGGUGCGGAAACACUUUCGCCACUCGCUGCUCCCUCCGAAGGCACGUGUCCUGGAAUCGAUGCAAAGGUGGACGGGCUAUAAAUCCACCCACACACCCACCCAAAACCUAUCACUGUUCCCAUUGCAACUCUCACUUCCCGAACACAAUCAGUCUUCUGUUUCACCAGAGGAGUGGGGCCUGCAAGCCCGCCAUUAAGCCCGUGCGGUGCCCCGUUUGUCUUCGCUGGUUCGGCACUGUGGAUGGUUUGCAGAAACACCUGCUCACUCACAAGCAGUCUGAAUCGUAUCGCUGUGAUGUGUGUCAGGGGACGUACCCCAACCUUAAAUCACUCAAAAACCACCGCAGGAGGAUUCAUCGCAUCAUGGCUGGAGACACUAAGCCAAAAACACAAGAACAGCUGAAUUCUUAAUGAUACUUCAUGUUUUCUGAAAAUCAUCAGAGUCGUGCAUUUAAGAACUUUACAAAUUUCAGUAUAUUUGUCAGUUGACUUGUUUUUAACUUGACUUGGGCUUUUUUUUUUCACUGUCCAUGAGUUAUUUUGACAUUGUACAGCCACAUAAGUUGUUUUUUAAAGCUGCUCUGAGAGUGUGUUAUAGUAGCUUGCCACUGUAAAAACAACAAAAAAAUCACAGCUUUUAUAUACUGUACAUUUUAGUUUUGUCAAGUUAAUCCCUUUAUUACAUAGCCUCAUUAGCCUGUAAAUGUUUGAGUAUUUGGUAAUCAAACUUUUAUCACAGAGGUCGUGAUGUAGCUUGUUGUUCCUGGUGUCAAUAAACAUACCAGUAUGUGAAACAUGUACAUUAUAUCAUUUUGUGCGAUAAGGGAUCAAAUAUCUUAAAGGUUUGCAACAAGUGCAACACAAGAAGGUGAUAUUUUGAAUAUUGUGUAAAGAGCUUGUUUUAAGACGAAAGGGGUUUUAUGUCCUGGCUUUUACUUCCAGAAUGAUUUAAUAUUAGUACACAAAUUUGUGGCAUGCAUACUAAUUAAUUAAUUUAAUUAAUAAUUAAUUUAGUACAUUUGUUCUCUUGUUUGGGAAGUCUUAAAAAAGCAGUGAUCAGGCUUACUCUGCGUGUCAACCGGUCUGUGCUCGUCUAUGAACGCUCUGGAGUAUACAAUUAAAGCACAGCUUCCUUUUGGAUCACAGUUUCUAGUUUGUUCCUUUGUUAAACAAAUAUAAUGUUAAGUAACUUUCAGUCAGUCAUGGGUCAUAAGGUGAAUGUCAAUUAACAGUAAAUGUGUAUGUGUGUAACAGAAAUUUUUUCAUAGAUUUAAAGGAAACCUAGAGCAAAGAAAGGUAAGAAUGUGAACCUUGUAUCCCAAAUGUACAAGUUUGUGGUAGGUUUUUUAAGAGGUUUACUAAUUUGUUAGAUAUUUGUAUCAACCUCAGUUUUUCUUAAAUGAAAAUACCUGAAAUGGACCUAAAAUACCUAAAAUAAAAAAAACCCCACUAAUUUCUGGGGCCGCAGAGAAACCCAGGAAUAGUCACUGUCUCUUUAGUUUACAGUGGUAAGAGGGGAAAUUACUAAAUGUGUGCUGAAUGUAGAUAAACGGCACUGGUAGGAAAAUCAUCAUCUGGAAUAUGAUAGAUUAACCAAGAUAUACCCUGAGGGAACGCUGAUUCACAUGUAGCUGUGUGUAGUUUUUUACUAUUAAUUCAGUAACCCUAUGGGAAAGUCAAUACAACCAACAAUUACCAGUAUAAUCUCAGUUUUCAUUUUUAAUUCAAUAUACACCGCCCACUUGUGUUUAUUAAAUGUAAUUGUAUACGCUCAUUUUUCACAUUGACAGAUAAACAAAUAAACAGGUUCAUUGCCUG